GAUGUUAUACUACAACUUCAUUACUUUUCAAAUUCAACAAUUACUUUUACUUCAAAGAAACAAUAGAUUAAGGUAGCGGCUAGUUAUCCAUCACUAUUGGUUAAUUAUACCUCACCUUGCUAUACUCUCUUUUGUAAUUGGUCAGAUGCGGUGACGAGAUGAGAGUUCCUUCAUUGUCGGCUCACCCCUUAGAUCCUUGUAUGUCUGCCUUUCUCACUCUCGCGUGUAUCCCUGCAGUAAAAGUUUGGCCCCUCCUCCUCAUAUUUCCGUCACCCUCGGGGAUCAAGCAGCCCCACCUCAUCAGGCAUCCAAUGAUGAGCUCUCCUUGUCUGCAGCUGCAGCAAUCCAUGCGUCAGAAUCUACCCUCCCGCAUUACUCUUGGAGAAAGCAGACCUUGACUCAUGUAGGACGGGAGGUUAAGAAAUUUUUUCUCCAUGCGCUAUCGUCGAAGAAACAAAGUUGGGUAUAAUCUGAAAACCUUUGUUGCAUCUAUGGUGCCAAAGGAAGGUGACGAUGGCUCCGAAAUUGCUGCACUGAGCGAUGUCAUGACCAUGAGAUUUUGACAGCACAUAGCUGGAAUUUUGCUACAUUUCACGGGAGACAAGAGCUCACCGUUGGAUGCCUCAUGAGGCCGGAUUCCCCGAUCCGAUGGCGAAGGAAAUAGGAGGAGGAGGGACCAAACUUAUAUUGCGGCGAGGGUACACACGGGAGUGAGAAAGUAGGACAGACACGAGACUAAGGGAUCAAGUGGAAAUGAUAGAAAUCUUGUCCCUUCAUUGCAUCUGACCAAUCAUAGAAGAGAGUACAGUAGGAUGAGGAAUAAUUAGCCAAAAAUGAGGAAUAACUAACCGUUUUCUAAAUUAAAAGUCAUUGUAAUCUUCAAAAACUAAAAUCUGCUCAUUUGUGAAUUUC